AUGUCGAUCGAAGAUGGCCUGAGAUAUUGGGCCCUUCAUUACAACGAAACGCUGCGGAGCGUGGAUAUGAUCUUGGCCCUUUUUAGAAAAGCAAAGGUAGCAAACUUACCUAAAACAGCAAAAACCUUAUUAGGAACCAACCGUAAGCCAUCGAUCGAGAUAAAGGAAAUAAGCGGUGGCCAGUAUUGGUAUCACGGAAUAGAAAAAUGCUUAUCAGUCCAACUAUGUAAUGCAAGACUAACUCAUGACAACUUAUCACUAAAUAUAUCAAUGGAUGGAUUACCAUUGCAUAGAAGUGGCAGCAUGCAGUUUUGGCCGAUAUUAUUUAAUAUUCAUGAGAUGCCGAAAGUUCCUGUGAUGACGGCAGCUAUUUUCUGUGGCAUGACAAAGCCGACGAACGUUGAGGAAUAUUUACGUCCCAUGGUCACGGAGAUGAACAACAUCAUGGAAAACGGAAUAAACUUCAACGGGAAACAUGUAUCGAUACAUCUAAGGGCCAUUAUUGCAGACACUCCAGCAAGAGCAUUCAUAAAAGGUGUAGUAGGACAUGCCGGUUAUAGCAGUUGCCAGAAAUGUACCGUCGUAGGUCAAUACGACAGCGCUGCUCGCACUAUUGUAUUUUCUGGGACACAAGCAACACAACGAACUGAUGAAGCAUUCAGGGAAGGCGCCUAUCCAGGACACCAAAGGACGACGACACCUCUUUUAGAUUUAAGAAAUUUUGACAUAGUCCAGGAUGUCGUGGUUGCAGAUCGUUUGCAUCUUAUCGAUCUUGGCAUCAUGAAGAGACUGCUAGUGGGCUGGCGAAACGGAACACUGGGAAAAAGAAAAUGGGACCAAACUCAAAGUGAAUUAAUAACGCAAGCCUUGCAGACGAUAAAACUUCCUUCUGAAAUUCAUCGUAAGCUACGUACAUUGAAGUAUGUAAAUUUUUGGAAAGGGUCCGAAUAUGCAUCAUUUUUACACUAUGCAAGUAUCGUCUUGCUGAAGGAACAUUUGGAGGAUAAUGUAUACGAGCAUUUUUUGUUGUUUUUCUGCUCUGUUACUCUUUUUUCUUCGUCCAUAUAUCAGCUAUACUGGCCGGUUGCUGGAGAAAUGAUGAACAAAUUUGUUGAAGACUAUGCUUCUAUUUACGGAGAACGCUAUAUCAGCAGCAAUGUGCAUAACCUGCAACACAUUUUGGAAGAAGUAGAACGUUUUGGUCCAUUAAACACAAUAUCCACAUACCCGUUCGAAAACAAACUGCAAUUUUUGAAAGGAACCGUCGAUGACACCAACAUUUGA